AUGCUUGGCCCUCAAGGUAUAUGUCCACGCUGCAUUGAAAUUAACAGCUAUGCCGGAGUUGGGAUGCUUGGACCUGCGAGAUCAAGCUACAGCGCUCGCCCUCUGUAUGGCCCUGACGUGGCCAUUCCCAGCAUUGAAGAUGACAUGUUCUUAGAGGGUGAUGAAUCCACCCCAGCCCCAAGCACGACCAUCUACCAGACCCCGUCGCGUCGCGAGAAUAAUCCAGGCACCUCAGAUGUUGGAGAUGGUAUUUACCAACCAUACAAUACACUUGUGAAACCUGAGCCUUUCGGUCUGGUACGUCAAAUCUGUGGUCACCAGCCGGAAGCCAAUACCACCUCACAGGGAGAGGGUUGCACAGUCGCACUGUGCUUGGGAUGCAACAACAUCGUCACAGCUGCGUUGGGCUUAGCCUCACUGGAGCGGCAAACCCCUCCGGUCAGUGUCUCCGAAGAUGAGUCGAAUCCCGAGUAUUCCUCCCGAACAGGCAGGUUGAAGCUUACCUUCGGCUUCACGUUCCCAAUAAUAAUGACGCUUGCACCCAUCCCUUGGCCGUGCUUCAUACCAACCUGCAUUAAUGUGUAUGAUCAUGCAGCUGGCCCAGAUAAGAUCUCGCAAUGGCAUUUCAGAAGCCCCAGGAAGAACUCCGCACUAUCGCCAUCAUCCCGUCCAGUUAUCUUGAAUAAACCGAGCUUCAAUCUCUCGAAGCUUGUCAUCAUGAGAGUGAUCAUUAGGGAUACAUCUCUACAAGCCUCAGAGUAUAUCGCUGAUUAUAUUAUCAGUCGUAUCGAGUCUUUCAGACCUAGCGAGAGCAAUCCAUUUGUUCUGGGUCUACCUACUGGAAGCAGCCCAGAGAUCAUCUACAAGACUUUGGUUCGACGCCACAAAGCUGGAGAUGUCUCAUUCAAACAUGUUGUGACGUUCAACAUGGACGAGUAUGUCGGACUUCCACGGGAUCACCCCGAAUCGUACCAUAGUUUCAUGUACAAACAUUUCUUCUCGCAUGUGGACGUUCCCCCGCAGAACAUCAACAUCCUUAACGGGAACGCUCCGGACCUAAUCGCCGAGUGUGCCUCCUUUGAGGCGCGCAUUGCUCGAUACGGCGGGAUCGAGCUCUUCCUAGGUGGAGUAGGAUCCGACGGACACAUUGCGUUCAACGAACCGGGGUCAUCCUUGAACAGCCGUACGCGGGUCAAGACCCUGGCCUACGACACGAUCAUGGCCAAUUCCCGAUUUUUCAACAACGACGUGACUCAGGUCCCGCGGAUGGCCUUGACCGUGGGCAUCCGAACCAUCAUGGAAGCCCGCGAGGUUGUGGUUGUGGCAACCGGCGCGCACAAAGCCCUGGCGCUCAAGGAGGGCCUGGAAGGUGGAGUGAACCACAUGUGGACAAUUUCGUCACUGCAAUUGCACCAGCACCCUCUGAUUGUGUGCGAUCGCGAUGCCACCCUCGAGCUCAAGGUCAAGACCGUGCGCUAUUUCGAAUCCAUCGAGCAAGCUGGGACCGAUGCGCGCACCCAGGGUCCUCCUCUCGUCUACAGACCUCGAACCUAUUUUCCUGCUCCGAUGGCAGUCGACAGGUCGCAGGAGCUUACUCCUGCUGCCACGCCCGAGAAGACUUCAAAGGAAUUGAGGAUCAACACGGAUCUUACGCAGUCGUUCGAAGAGGACGAGCUCACACCCGACAGCAUGUCAUCUCGUUUGGUUGACUCAGCUGUUGGGGGCCUGGAUGCAACUCUCAAGGGUGACCUGAUGUUUGACCGCAUGGGUGCGAGGAUGGAAGCUCAUUAG